UAAAUCCAUUCUUUGGGUCUCACAUAUUUCAUUCGGAUAAAUUGGGCUAGUUAGUUGACAAAUUAACAUACAACUCAGGUUUUUGGGCACCAGUGAGAGGAUGGGGAGUCAAUAACACCGGUUAUUUAGUUGCUUAUCUUCACAGAAUUUCCAUUCUUCAUGCUUCGUGACUUCUCUACAUGGGUCCAGUUGUUCCUUUUGCUAUUGCGCUAGAGCUUUGGAGCAUGUGUAAUGGCAUUUUGCCAGCUAUCUUCAAUCGUUGCCGCCCCUGGAUUUCAUUAUAUAGAGAAGAGAAGAAGAGAAUGAAGGUUUGGGCUCAAUAGGAAAAGAGUGCAACAUUGUCAAGCACAUGUUUUGAUGAGAGUGCUGAAGGGGCUGAGAAACUAUGACUACCUCUUAUGUUGUCUCCUAGGUGAUGUGGAUGCACCACUGGAGAUGCCCUUAUGUCACCUGGCCACCUUGAAACAUUCAAGCACUCAGGAAAUUCAUAAUAGGAAUCAUAGUUGAAGAAGGUAUCAGGCUCGUUUUUAGGCCCGUGCGGCCCUUGCGACCGCACAGGGCCCCCAAGUUUCAAUGGCCCCCAAGAUACAAUGAGUGUAUUAGCUAUAUUUAUAUAAUGAGCUUUAUUUUGGCUAUAUUUUGGCCCAAUACAAUGUAAAUUGUGGCCCAAAUAUAUCAUAGAAGUGAAAACUGUGUAACCCAGUCCAACUCCAAGCAGCCUCCCGCUUCUGCCGUCACCACGAUCGAGCGACCUCUGCCGUCCAGGCGAUCGAGGCAUGGAGCGAAUAGCAAAGCAGGCAGCAGCCAGCAGCGCCCGCCGCCCAGGCAUCCCCUGGCCCCUCCCGCUCGGCGCUCGUGUGGCUUGGCCCGGCCGGCUGCCGCCCUGGCCGCUGCAGACCUGCCACGGGUCCAGGCAUAGUUCGGACGGUGGUGGCUGUGUGCUCCUGUGUGUACUGUCUGCUAGUUUGGACUUGGAUUGAGAAGCCAAGAAUGCAGCAAGACGCCCUGCCGUUGGAUUGAAGCUGUCGAAGACCACUAGGGCCCGAGUUCAUAGUUUCGCACACGGCCUCUGGAUUUGCCGGUACGGCCCUGAAGGUAUUUGCUGCAAAGCUUUUAACCAUCAUAUCUCCAUUCUGCUGGACAGAGCGGUGUACAUACCACAAUCAGCUACAAUACUUGGCUGGUUGAAAGUAAGUACAAGAGCCAUUACAAAAUGGAUCAUUGAAGUAACAUUUUCGCAGUAAUAAAUAUGCCAUAUCAUCAGAGGAUCGAUUCGUCAGGAGCGUUGAUUCAUCUUUGCCAUCGCCCAUGAUAAAACUUCUUGGGUGCCUUCCGGAGCGUUGAUUUCCGAUCCGACGGCCGCAGACGCGGGAAGUGUCCAGUGCUCCGGUGCUCCCCGGCUCAGCUCCGCCGCCAUGCUGCUGCUACGGGCGCUGCUCCGGCGCCGGCGGCCGCCGCUCCCCGCCCACGUCCCCGCCGCAGGAUUCUUCACCAGCUCCGGCUGCGACGCCCUCGUCCCUUCUCCUCCUUCGCCGCCGCAGCCUCCUCCUGCGGCGGAGGGGCCCCGCGAUGAGCCGGGGCAGGAGGGCUCGCUGGCGCGGCGGGUGGAGCGGGCGGCGUCGGUGUGCGCGGCCAUGCGGGGGUGGAUGGCCGACGGCCGCGCCGUGCACCGCGGACACGUCUUCCACGCCGUCAACCGCCUCCGACGCCACCGCCAACACCGCACCGCCCUCCAGGUCAUGGAAUGGAUCAUGAGAGAGAGGCCCUACAAGCUGAGUGAGCUUGAUUACUCAUAUCUCCUAGAGUUCACGGCUAAAGUCCAUGGCAUUUCUGAAGCUGAAAGCCUUUUCCUUCGCGUGCCUCAGGAAUACCAGAAAGAGCUGCUCUACAACAACCUUGUCAUCGCUGCUUUGGAUCUGGGUCUGAUCAAGCAUUCCUACGCAUACAUGAGGAAAAUGAGGGAAUUGUCCCUGCCAAUUUCGCCAUAUGUUUACAACGGCCUGAUCAUCCUCCAUUCUUCACUUGGGCGCAGGAAAACUAUAUCCAAGAUCCUUUCUCAGAUGAAAGCUGAUCGUGUAACCCCUCACACGUCAACCUACAACAUCUUGUUGAAGAUACAGGCCAAUGAGCACAACAUUGAUGGGGUAGCGAGGGUGUUCAAUGAUAUGAAGAGAGCAAAGAUUGAGCCCAGUGAGAUCACUUAUGGCAUUCUUGCUAUUGCGCAUGCUGUAGCAAGGCUGUAUACUGUUUGCCAGACAUAUGUAGAAGCCAUUGAGAAUUCCAUGACAGGCACUAAUUGGUCUACACUCGAAAUUCUUUUAAUCUUAUAUGGAUACCUUGGGAAGGAAAAGGAGCUAAAGAGAACAUGGGAGAUCAUGCAAGGUCUCCCUCAUAUUCGAUCAAAAAGCUUCAUACUAGCAAUUGAAGCAUUUGGGAAGGUUGGGUCCAUUGAACAGGCAGAGAAGAUAUGGGUCAAUAUAAAUUCAACAAAGAAGUUAAGCCUUACAGAACAAUUCAAUUCCAUUUUAUCAGUUUACUGCAGGCAUGGUAUUGUGGAUAAAGCAUCAGCUGUGUUCAAAGAAAUGAGAGCAAGUGGAUGCCAGCCGAAUGCUAUUACUUAUCGCCACUUAGCUUUAGGUUGCUUGAAAUCGGGUCUUGUUAAAGAAGCUUUGAACACAAUGGAUAUGGGGAAGAAAGAAGUUGUAACUAAGAAGGUGAGAAGUUCAACACCGUGGUUGGAGACUACCCAUAUGUUGCUUGAGAACUUUGCAGAAAUUGGUGACUUGGAAAAUGCAAAGAGAGUAUAUGGAGAACUGAGUGAAUCAAAAUAUUGUAGGAAUUCCUUUGUGUACAACACCCUCCUUAAAGCUUAUGUGAAGGCAAAAGUUUAUGAGCCAGAUUUGUUGAGGACAAUGAUUCUGAGAGGGGCAAUGCCUGAUGCUGAGACAUAUAGCCUUCUCAGACUGAUCGAACAGUUCAAGAUAUGAAGGCAUCUGUUUGCUGUAGCUUUCAAGGAGAUCAAGGAUUAGAACGAAAACAGGUGGUGAGUAUAGCCAUAAAAAAACAGUAAUGAAUUCGUAGAAACUAUUUGGAGAACAUGAUGAGCAAAUUGCCUUUUUGGUGGUUGAUUUAUUGCACAUUGAUCCCAACAUCUGCACAAUCCGAUUGGAGAGGCACAGCUGUCUUUUGUAUCAUAAACAGUUUUACCAGAAACCUGUGCGUUCCAAGCUCUGGAAAUUUCCUUUCCCUCCAUGAACAAGCUAUACAAAAUGAUCAACUGGUUCAAUUGAAUGUCAUGUUGGAAUCAUAAUUGUGAUCCAAUGUUUUCCCCUUGGUGAAUAUUAUAGGAGAGCUGCAUUUCAUUUCAAGUAGAAAAGAAGAGCAAGGGCAAAAUUGCAUUAGAUGGAACACAUAUACUCUCCAGCGAGAAAGGAUGGAUUGUGUCUUUAUCAUGACGCAGGACAUGUUACACGUACUAUGAGCAUCAUUGAUUUAUUGUACUACUUGUAACAGUCUUUGCAGACCCUCACAUUCUGCUGUAUAGGGGUUAUGUCUGCACGCAUGAGAAAACAGUAGAAGCUCUUCCCAAGCUGAAAGUGCUAUUCUGUCCCACAGACCUGUGCACAUCCAACUCCAGUCUAGCAUUUUUUCCCCAUAUACAAGUCAACCAUGCUCUUGCAGUCAUGCACUCCAUAUGGCAAGGUACUGAUGGAUGCACAACGCAGUUUCACCAAGUAUGUGAAGUUAGCACCCAUUUCCAAAUGGUUUGCUCUUGAUCUCGUCGGUUCAGAUACAGUCCACUUCUGAUGCUAAGGAGCCUGACAAUGUCCUUGGAGAUGACUACAAGAAGAAUCAAUGAUUGCUAUGGAAAGUGGAAUCCAUAUAAUCUGUUAAUAUGGAUUCCGAAUUGAUUAUAUAGGUUUUCAGGUUAGAAGUAUACAUAUUGGUCAAGUGGUCCUGUAAGCCUGAGGAACUCUGUGGUUUUUGCAACUCUUUUAGAACUGAAGUUCUGGGUCUUGUGCAUUUCGUACAUUUUAUUAUUUUAUAUGUAUAGGGAAGUACCCUACUGCUGCCUCCAGAAAAGGCAAAAGAAAAGGAGCCCGAGUGCCCGACAAUUCUACAUUGGGCUUUCUUGAUCUCCAGAAAUGAGCUGCUUCUCCAUCAACGAAGGUCAAAGGUGGACGGUUUAGAUGUCUUGGGAAAAUGUCAUCAAUUUUAUCAAUAGAAUGGGUGUUCUAACCUUUACAAAUGUUCAGGCAGUCAAAUUACAAUGCCGAAAUGUAAAUGGCUGACACAAAAUGUGCACUGAUUUUAUCAUCUCCAUUUUCCAUGUAUAGAGCUGUUCUGUGAUGUGCAGUUGCUGAUUA